GCCAGACGUCUCGCCGGGGGCAGAAGAUUGUUGUUGCAUUUUUUUUUCUCGCUUCUGACUAGCUAUCCUCGGCUGGCCAUUUGAUUUGUCUCCAUACAGAUUGUCAAAGGGCAGGAUGUCAGGAUGGAUGAUGGCCCAGCCCUGCCAGACAGCUUGGUGCUGGAGAUCUUCCUGCGUCUCCCCCAUGACACUGUGCUGAGUGCUGGCCUGGCCUGCAGACAGUGGUUGGCAGUGUCCAAAGAUGAGUUCCUGUGGAGGGAGCUGUUCUACAGCUACUAUAGGAUCCCCCGCUCUGUGCCCAGACACCCUGCUUCUCUGUCAUGGUACAGGGAGUUCAAGCGUCUGUUUGACUGUAUCCCCUGUGUGGAGGUCCAGACUCUGAAAGAGCACCAUGACCAGGUCCUCCACCUGGCCUUCUCCCAUCGCGGACACCGCUUUUCCUCCUGCUCCAAAGACUGCACCGUCAAGCUUUGGGACACAGAGCGGCCCGAUGGCACCAUCACCAUGGUGCACAGCUCCAGCAUGCGCCAGUUCAACUGGGGCUACACCCAGUUCUCCCAGUUCAACGCUGACGACACCCUGCUACUGGUGUCUGGAGUCUACCUGGGCUCUCAUCACUCCUCCUCUGGGGAGAUCGCUGUCAUCAGCUUGGAGAACUACACCCUCCUGUCACGUGUGAGGAACAAGCCGUACGAUGUGUUUGGCUGCUGGCUGAAUGAGACCCACCUCAUCUCUGGCAACCUGCACUGGAUCGGAAACAUGACCUCCUGCUCUGUGCUCUGGCUCAACAAAGCCUUUCAGGACGUGGAGUCUGAAAAUGUCAACGUGGUCAAGCGGCUCUUUAAGAUCCAGAACAUCAACGCCAGCACCAUCCGCACCGUGAUGGUGGCCCACUGCCGGCGCCACGACUCCCCAGACCUGCUGCUGGACUAUGAGGCCCAGGCUCAGAGCCAGCCCCUGAGUCACCAACCCCUGCUCUUUGACCUGGGCACCACUGACAGCGAGGAGGAUGAGGAGGAUGACGAAGAGCGCCGGAGGGAGAUGAGACUGCAGGGUCUGUCAACAGCCCACCUCCCUCAGCUCACCCCCUCUGGGCUGGAGCAUGUCAUACAGGGUCGUCACAGUGAGGCCUCCGAGGCGAGGGAGCUGGAGACCAAGUGGGCCCGGCUCAUGGCUAGAGCCCACACCAAGGCCCCAGACCCCAACGUGCUCUCCUCGGCCCCUGGGGACGAAGAGGAUAAGACCUACCUGCUCUUCACCACUGGCAGCCUUACCUACUCCCCCCACCAGAUCGGCAUCAAGCGGAUCAUGCCUGACCAGAUGACCACGUCUGGGCCUGUUUUGGGGGAGGAGCGCAGUACUGACGAGUUCUUUGACUCUCUGGACCAUGUGAUCGACAUUCACGGCCACAUCAUCGGCAUGGGCUUGUCUCCAGACCACAGGUAUCUGUAUGUGAACAGUCGGGCGUGGCCGGCGGGCUGCGUGAUCUCUGACCCCAUGUCUCCGCCCCCCAUUGCCGAGGAGAUCGACCUGCACGUUAUUGACCUGAAAAGCCUGCGGGAGGAGAGGCGGAGCCUGAGGGCCCACCGAGCCUUCACGCCCAACGACGAGUGCUUCUUCAUCUUCCUUGACGUCAGCAGAGACUUUGUGGCCAGUGGCGCAGAGGACAAACACGGUUACAUCUGGGACCGUCACUACAACAUCUGCCUGGCGCGGCUGCAGCAUGACGAUGUGGUCAACUCUGUGGCCUUCAGCCCGGCCGACCAGGAGCUGCUGCUCUCCGCCAGCGACGACUCCACCAUCAAGGUUUGGCGCUCGCCACGCAUGGUCCGCCUGGCCCAGACGCCCGCCCGCCCCCCGCGCCCACGCAGCCUCCUCUCCUGGCUGGGCCGCAACAAGAAGACCACCUCUGUCAACGGGAAACCCUGAGACAGGCGGAAGGGGACUGGAGAUGGUGGGGGGAAAGACUCAUGGGUGACGCACUCUCCAGUAGUUAUCUUCAGUGUGGGCAAAUCACACUUUUACCUUGAACUCACUGUGUUAUGGCUGCCUACACAUUGUGGUACAUAUAACAUCACCAAGGACGUGUGAGAGCUGGGGUAAGCCAGAAGGAGAUGCAACAGUCCCCUCCAUAAAUGUCAUUAUUUAAGGUCACACCUAGCAAGGUGAAUUGAUUCUACAGUGAAUAUCAUACUGUACAGACAAGUUCCUCCUGGACCUUUGCAAAGUCUGGGGGGAGACAUUCAUUUGAUAUAAUGAUCAUGUUUCCAAUUAUUGAAUGAACUACUAGAGAAGAAACAUUGGAGAGGACUUCAGGAGAGAAAAUUAUAGUUUGUUCACUAAAGGAAGAGGAGAGAUGUGGACACUAAAAUAUGGUCAAAGAUCACCCCAUUUCUUGUCUUCGGUUUUUAUGUAUUUCGCUCUGUGUCAAUACACGAGUAAUUAUAUAUAUUCUUUCACGUUUUUUUUAUGUUGGGUUGUACCACCACAUCAGUGUUGUCCUCAGAUCUGCAAUCAUGACAUCUGAAAUGACCUCUCAUUGGAGGUAAGGUAACUACAACCUUAUCCCAGCUUUCGUCAUGCAUAAAAACAUGUUGUAAAAGUUUGUUUUUAAAUGUCUUUCUGUUUUUUUUUGUUUUCACAGGCUAUUCUGCAACUUUACGCCAGCUUUGAGUGACUUUUUUAAAAAAAUAAAGAAGAAAUUCCUAUCACUUUCAUGAUAGGUUCAAUCUG